AUGACAGUUCGCGAGUGGUUCAAAUUUGGAAAUCCAAUGCGCAGUGAUGUGAAACAGUUUGUUGUUUUAUUAGUGCUGUUAUCGAUAUUAGACAAUUUGUUAACAUGCAGUGGGGAAAGCGAAAGAGAAUCAAAAAAACUCUUCGGAGGCUACAGGAUAACGCCAUCACAUUGCAAAGCCUCCAGAGCAGCAAAAUACAACAGAGGGAGUACACUAUGUAUGUUUAAUCAUGAAUGUAUCCAAAGAGGGGGCGAAGUGGUGGGGGCCUGUAUAGACGGCUUUCUAUUCGGAGCAUGCUGCCAACUUAAAAGUGACAGCCAAUCACACAUACCCAAAGGUCCCGGAGUGGUCAUGACAAGUUACCUGGAUUAUCCGGACGCAGACACAGAAACAGUUGAUUAUGAUUCUGAGAAUUUGGACGUAUGGCAUAACAGUUUCAAACCUGUUGUCACUCCUGGGUACCGGCCUGGUGCAAGCUCAUCGACGCCAAAAACUGAAGUCAACACUGAAUCUGUUAUAUCUGAAGGCUUAACUCAGAUUACUAAUACGUUAUUGAAUUCUCCAGAAAACGAUAAUAAUUAUGUGUACGUUAAACCUGAUAAACCUGGAAGCGUUUAUACUCACAGCACUAUAGAUCAUAAUUUAGCUGAUACUAUAUUACUGAAUAGAAAUGGAUCAGUAGCAGAGAAUGUUGCUAGACCGUCAGAUUUUAAUAUUCAAAUAUCAUCGAUGCAAACAAAACCUACAGUAUCCCCGCUGUCCAGUACAACAACAUCAACAUCUAAGACAGUUUCAACACAUAAACCCGUGUAUACUAAACCGGUCUUCAAACCGAAACCAAAACCACAACCAUCUUCAACUGAAAAUUACGUCAAGGUAUCAACUGUAACAAAAGACACUCAGAAAGUGACGGAAUUAUCAUCCAUAGACAGUAUAAUACAAAUGUUGAACAGCACUACAAGUUUGAAUGACGUCACGUCACCAGCUUCUGAUAUUUUAGAACAUAAAUCAUCAUUAGGGCCAACAGUUUCCUCGAUGUCUUACGGAGAAGGUGGAUAUGGAAGUAAUUACAUUAAUUACUAUGUAUCACCUGGACAUUACGUCACAGUGAAACCUGGUACUAUUAGUGUGUAUUCUAGUACUUUCGCGUAUCACACUAAAAAGCCAUAUAAUACUCCGAACAGUAUACCAGAGGUGGAAAAGACUACAUCAAGACCUCAGUAUUCGUCUCCUGCACCUAUUUCUCAAUCAACUCAAGAAGCAAUAAAUGCAUUCAAUAGGUACCCUACUGAUCCGAGUAAUUUCGGACCAAGUCUUACAACAUUCACUUAUGUUACAUCAAGUACUACACCUGUACCUCCUUCAAGUACAAGAAGUCCACCAUACACUAGCUACGUGACAGGAUCUACACCAGCGAGAAGACCAGUAACGGAAUCUCUAAAUCAGAACAAUAUACCAAGUUUUUCUGACAUUUUCGCAACAGCGACACCGACUGUGGUCAUACUAAACAACUUCCAAACGCCAAAACCAGAUGUAGACGUCUCAGAAGAGGACAAAGAACCAGAAUUUAUCGAAAUUUCUCAGGAACCGUUCCAGAAACCAGUCAGUUCGAUAACGGUGAACAAUCACAUUGAAACGAGUAACACGAUUUAUAUGUCGAAACCACCACCACUAAAGCAUGACAGACCGUCAUCUCCAACUGUUGUCAUUACUCCUAAACCUGCUCCAAAUACAACUCCAUACCCGCUUUCAACCACCAAAGUUUCACAAUCUACUCUCAGUUUUGAUUCUUUCACAGAAUAUACUCCAACUACUUUCAAACCAGAAAUGCAAACUUCCCCUGACGAUAUGAUUAACUUCCCACCAGUAAGAAAUCCAAUGCUUAACGUAACAGGUUCUAAUCCUGUUUUCAACACCAGCAUCACUAUGUCAAAUGAUUUAGAAGUUCUUCACGACGUCGAAUUCACAACACCAUCGUGGCAAGAAGAUGAAAAACUGAAUGAAAAGAUGAAUUUGUUCGUGAACAAAAUCGUAGGAAGUCUGCAAGGAACGUUCCAGGAACUGCAUGACAUAGUGAUCCUUGAUAAGAAACCUAACGGCACUAUCAUAGGUGCCAAGACUACAACACCUAAGCCUACUAAAAAGACUCCGACCACUACGAGAAAACCUAUUUUCACUACGACUAAAAAACCAGCUAGGUUGACUACAACUACUAAAAAACCAUUGAAAACAACGAAAAAGCCGACUCGACUUACAACUGUUUACAGAAGACCUACGACUACAGCGCCCCCGACAACAAAUGCUCCUGCGAAAAAACCGGUGACCACGACGAAGAAACCUAAACCGACAAAGAAAUUGACAACAACAGUAGCCACCACGACGGUGACAGAGGCUUGGAACGAUGAAGUCACUGUGGAAGGAUUUGUCGAUGACACUGUGGACUACAACGAUAAGAAUUUAUGUGGCGUCAGACCGCUCGUCAAGUCCGGCCGUAUCGUCGGCGGGAAGAACGCCAAAUUCGGGGAGUGGCCGUGGCAGGUGCUGGUCCGGGAGUCCACGUGGCUGGGACUCUUCACCAAGAACAAGUGUGGCGGCGUGCUCAUCACAAGCAGAUUCGUCACAACCGCUGCUCAUUGUCAACCUGGAUUCCUAGCAUCCCUCGUGGCGGUCUUCGGCGAGAACGACAUAUCUGGUGACAAAGAGCCUCGCAAGCCUGUAUCUAGAAACGUUAGGAGAGUUAUAGUCCACAGGCAAUAUGAUGCUGCGACAUUUGAGAAUGAUCUGGCUUUGUUGGAACUGGAGUCUCCGGUCAAAUUUGACGCACAUAUAGUACCAAUAUGCAUGCCUCCAGACGAGGCUGACUUUACUGGUCGAAUGGCGACCGUGACGGGGUGGGGGCGGCUCAAAUACGGUGGAGGGGUGCCAGCCGUGUUGCAGGAAGUCCAGGUGCCUGUGAUAGAGAACAGCGCUUGCCAGGAGAUGUUCCUCACCGCUGGCCACCAGAAGAACAUCAGGAAGUCCUUCAUAUGCGCUGGAUACGCGAACGGGCAAAAAGAUUCUUGUGAAGGUGACAGCGGUGGUCCCCUAGUCCUUCAAAGAGAAGAUGGCCGCUGGCAGCUGGUAGGUACCGUCUCCCACGGGAUCCGGUGCGCGGCUCCAUUCUUACCAGGAGUCUACAUGAGGACGACCUUCUACAAGCCCUGGCUGAAGAGUGUGACCGGAGUGAGAGGAUGAGCGGCAUUUCUGAAGAGAACCACCUUUCUACGACCUGCAAUUAACUUUGCAAUUCGGUUGCGGCAACAUGUUGCGUGUAACUGAAGAGAAAUUCUUUCUCAUGAUUUCGAAGUCGUUAAUAGUGAAUUGAGCGGCGUGAAGUGGAACAUAUCCUAAGCUGUUUACUUUGUUGCAUCAACUGGUCGCAAUAUUUUUUAUGUAGCUAAUGUGAAGAAUCAUUAUAUCUUAAUAUAUUCUACACUUCGAAAGUUGGUUGUGAAAAUUUGUUGAAAUUUUUCUUAAGUAUGUUUCAAUCCGUUGCAACGACAAAAAAGCGAUUGGCGUAGUUAUUUUAAAAAAAUCAUAUCGCGUGCAAAUUGCAUUAUUCUGUUAUCUUUGUUGAAAUUCAUAUUUCAGG